AUGGAGCCAGGGCUGCCCGCGGAGACGCCGCCGGCCGCGGGUACCUGCCGCCCGCCGCCGGGCAGCGCCGGGACUCUGGCCGCCGCCGCGGCAUCCCGCCCCGACGUGGCUCCGCCGUGGUGCGGCGGCCCCCGCUGCCGCUGCUGCUGCUGCUGCCUGCUCCGCUGCCCCGCGCCCGCCGCCCGCCCCGCCGACGCCGAGAGCGGCGCGGUCCCCGCCGCCCGUCCUGCGGCUCCCGGGGCCGGGGCCGGGUCCUGGGCCGCUCCGGCGGCGGCUUCCGGCUGCGGCGGCGGCGCCGCGGCUCCUCCUCCUCCUCCGCCUCCUCCGCGGCCGCCGCCGCGGGGCCCUAAAGCCGCCCGGCUCAAGAGGAUGGUGCGGCUGGCGGCCGAGCUGCUGCUGCUGCUGGGGCUGCUGCUGCUCACCCUGCACAUCACCGUGCUGCGCGGCGGCGGCGGCGGGGAGCCCCGCGCCCCCACGGGCAACCACAGCCAGCGGCAGAACACACUGACGGCAGAGGAGCACUCUCCUGAAGACAGCUUCACCCUGAACCCCGAGGAGCGAGGAGAAUACCCCGAUCUCCAGGCUGCCCACCGGCCGUUUCCUAAGGAGCAAUUCAGGCAGGAGAACGGGCAUACGUCCUUGCAAAGAGAUGGACCCAGGUCUUUUCUCCUGGACCUCCCAAACUUCCCCGACCUGUCAAAAGCAGACAUCAAUGGGCAGAAUCCCAACAUUCAGGUUACCAUUGAAGUGGUGGAUGGCCCCGAGACGGAGGCGGACAAGGACCUGCAGAAGGAGAGCAGCAAGCCCAGCUGGCCAGCCCCAUCGCCCAGCUGGAGGAACUGGUGGCAGAGGUCCUCCACCUUGACUCGCAUGAGCAGCGGGGACCAGGACUACAAGUAUGACAGCACUACUGAGGACAGCAACUUCCUAAACCCUCUCGGUGGGUGGGAUGGCCAUGCACCCAGUCACCGGACAUUCGAGCCCAAGGAGCAGCCGGAGUAUGAUUACGUUGACGGAGAGGGCGACUGGAGCCCGUGGUCCCUGUGCAGCGUCACCUGCGGCAGCGGCAGCCAGAAGCGCACGAGGUCCUGCGGCUACGCCUGCACGGCCACCGAGUCCCGCACCUGCGACAGGCCCAACUGCCCAGGGAUUGAAGAUACCUUCCGGACGGCUGCCACAGAAGUGAGUUUACUUGCGGGGAGCGAAGACUUCAACGCAACCAAACUGUUUGAAGUUGAUACUGACAGCUGCGAGAGAUGGAUGAGCUGCAAGAGCGAGUUCCUGAAGAAAUACAUGCACAAAGUGGUCAACGAUCUCCCCAGCUGCCCGUGCUCCUACCCCAGAGAAGUUGCCUACAGCACUGCCGAAAUCUACGACCGACUUAAGAGGAAAAGCUUCCGCUGGAAGGAUGCGAGCGGUCCGAAGGAGAAGCUGGAGAUCUAUAAGCCCACGGCGCGGUACUGCAUCCGCUCCAUGCUGUCUUUGGAGAGCACAACGCUUGCGGCGCAGCACUGCUGCUACGAUGAUAACAUGCAGCUGAUCACCAGGGGCAAAGGGGCCGGAACGCCCAACCUGAUCAGCAUCGAGUUCUCAGCAGAACUCCACUACAAAGUGGACAUCCUGCCCUGGAUCAUAUGCAAAGGUGACUGGAGCCGCUACAAUGAAGCCCGGCCUCCCAACAAUGGGCAGAAGUGUACAGAAAACCCGUCAGACGAAGACUACUACAAGCAGUUUCAAGAAGCGAGGGAAUACUGAGAAGAUUUUUUUUGUUUCCUUUUCUUCAGAUGCGAAAUAGCAUUCGUUUCCUGGAUGCCAAAGAACUGAUGAUGGCUGCUGCAUCGGCUCCUCGACAGGGGUUGAUCAGUUCCUUUCUAAUGAAUGUACAUAGUUGUAAUAUAAUACAUAAGUAUUUUUCACAGUGUGUGUAAUUUAUAAACACGUAUCUCUCUGCCUCACACACACCUAUUUUUGCAUAAGUCUCGUCCUGGUAGGAUUUUAUACUGCAAUAACGUUCAUGUAAUAAUGUGCAUUUCAUUUUAUUUCCCAUCUGUAACGUAGUGAAGGGGGUGGGGGGUAGCUGCCAUCACCAUCAGGCCCCGAGGCCCCAGCUGAGAAGGCACAUAUUUAAAAGUUGUUAUAAACAAUAGGAUUGAAGAAUGUACUCUUCCAUAUGGGAAUGGUUUACAAGAUUAAUGCACCUACAGCAUCAGUUUUCUCCAUAAUUGGUUUCAUGACUAGUCAUAUCUAAGGAGGGAAGAAUUUUUUUUUUUUUUUUCGGAAGGGAAAUAGUCAAAAGUGAAUAUAGAAAAUCCCUAGCAAUUUUUCCUCUUGGAAUUCUUCCUGUUACCUUCCAGCUCAGAUCUUUGCAGUCCACCUGGGGUAGGCUUGCAGGAAGAUGUAGCUGUGGUUUUCCUGUGGGCCAGAAAAUGUCCUGGUGCAGUGGCUCUGGAGGAAUUACAAGCAGCCCCCUCCUGGAGACAAUCUCUGAUGCGAAGCUGCAGCUGUUGGGGCUUGCGUCUCCAGAGCAGCUACCUGGGAACUGAGCGUGCUGCAAGUCCUUGGAGGAGUGAGGGCAGAGAGGGAACCCGUGUCAAAGGACCAAAACGAUCACAGUUCCUUCCCAGUUUUUAAUAUGAACAAUGUUUGGAUCUGCUUGUUUCUUUCUUUUAAGAAAAGGGAGAGGUUUAUUGUUUUAGAGAACGGUAAAAGUGGAAUCCACAAGUUCCUUGGGAUAAAAGAUGCAACCAGCCCUUUUCCCCCAUUUUUCUCAUGCUGAGUGCACAGCACCCUACGGAAGUAGCUAUUCCUUAAGGGAAGCUUGCUGGGAAGAACUACUGGGUGUCUUAAAAU